UUUCUUCCUCUACUUAAAGCAGUAUCUUGUUGUAUCCUUAACAAGCAACUAUUCACAUUUUCCUUACUCCCCAUAUCUGUGCUUUCUCUCCAACCUUAUUUUCCUUCGGUUGCAGAAAUGUCUCCACCUAUUGAAACCCCAAACAAGGUUGCCACCUCCUCACCAUCACCUCCACCUCUUAAUGAGAGGAUUGUUUCAUCCUUGGCAAGGAGAUCCGUUGCUGCACACCCUUGGCAUGAUCUUGACAUAGGGACUGAAGCUCCCAAGAUCUUCAACUGUGUGAUUGAAAUUGGGAAAGGAAACAAGGUCAAAUAUGAACUUGACAAAAAAACUGGACUUAUUAAGGUUGACCGCGUGCUUUACUCAUCAGUUGUGUAUCCUCACAACUAUGGGUUUAUCCCCCGCACUAUUUGCGAGGAUGGUGACCCCAUUGACGUCUUAGUUAUUAUGCAGGAGCCAGUUGUUCCAGGUUGCUUUCUCCGUGCCAAAGCUAUUGGGCUCAUGCCUAUGAUCGAUCAGGGCGAGAAAGAUGACAAGAUAAUUGCUGUCUGUGCUGAUGAUCCUGAGUAUAGGCAUUACAAUGAUAUCAAGGAGCUCCCUCCACACCGAUUAGCUGAAAUCCGUCGUUUUUUUGAAGAUUACAAGAAGAAUGAGAACAAGGAAGUUGCAGUAGACGACUUUCUUCCUUCCUCAUCUGCCUAUGAAGCGAUAGAGCAUUCCAUGACCUUGUAUGCGGACUACGUUGUGGAGACCUUGAGGCGGUAGUGUUGAUGCAUAUGGAUUUUGUUUGGUUAUGAAGAUAUGUUUUGAAGGCUGCCAUUUUAUAACUAUGAUUACGACGAAAAAAAUGAUUUGUACCGUAAUCCUAAAUUUCCGACAAGAUUAAUAUGAAUUUUUUAGCCCUUA